UCGCGGCCUCUCCUUGCUCUGACCUCAUCCUCAAAGUAUCUCCCGCCCUCGACCUCGACCGAAGUGGUCUCUUCCAAGGAUGUUCGCCCUUUUAGCAGCAGGUCGACUCCCCCAAACCUCCUUUACCCAGCUAGACGAAACUCACUGCAUCUUCGAGCUGCAGAGUAUCGCCUCCAUCAACCACCUCUGUGUAUUCAUGGAUGGAAGCGCACCUUUCCCACAGGGGUAUGCGGGGACAGUGCAUCUUCUGCUGCCUGGCGGUACUGGAAUGGGUGCGGGGCCAAGUGGAAGUGGAAGUGGGAGUGGAAGUGGGAGUUCAGGUGGGCAACAAGGCGGUUGGCGACUGCUGGGUUGUCUGAAGAACGAGAGGCCAAGCGCAAUCUACCGACUUAAAGGUCUGGCAAGCUCUAGCGGGAGUCCCUCCUCCUUCUCCAAUUCCAACGGCAGCACUGGCAGCAGCAGCGCAAGUGGCAGCACCUUGUUCACAUCGCAAGGUCUGCACGCCAAUCCAGGCAUGUUCCAAGCUUCUACUGCACACGGAAGCGGCACGGCCAUGUUGGGGAUUAGUGUUGAGCCGGAGCAUGUAGUGGAUGAGCAGAUGCGGGGCCUUAAAGGAGGGACAGUCGCUGGUGCUGCUGCUGUGGGAGGUGCUGGGACCGGAGUACAGGGAAUGGAUAUUGCCGAUGAGGGAAUGACGGGUGAGGGACCAUCUGGACAGGGAGCGGGAGCCCUCGUUAGAAGUGGGGGAACUAUUGACCCCUACAUGGCACUAGCACUAGCCCCCAAGAUUGCGCAAAAUAUCUUCUCCUACCUCUCCUCCUUUGCCCCCGAUUCGGCACCGCAAACCGUUCCCCUUUUACAAAAAUGGCUGGAGCAAUUUGAGCGAAAAUUAAAGAUGCAGGGGAGCGCUUGGUUGGAGAAGCAGGGUGGAGAAGGGGGAUGAGAAUGGACGAGGCGAGCAGGAGGAGGACUAGGUGAAUGGAGGGGGCAUAGAAAAAAUAAAGAGAGGGAGAGGUGAAAGAAUUUAUAGCAUUUGCA